AUAAUUUGCAUAUGCGUUUUUGUGGAUGAUACAGUCCAUUGUUAAUGUGAAAACAAAAUCACUAUCUGCCUACGAGUCUUCGUCCGGGUCCAAAUUUACCCACGUUUCGUUCAGAGUCGGAAUGUCCUCAUGUCAGCUCAGGUUAGCUUUAGGCUAGUUAGCCAUUCUCAGAGAGGGCUGGAUUUACAUUCACAAGAUGGCAACAGAGGCGAAACGACACAAGGUAGAUGAUGGUUUGGCGCUCAGUCCCCUGCACAACUUCCUGCAGUGGUGCCAGAGUGUCGGAUUGGUACUCAGCAAUAAGGUGUGUGUGAGUAAAGAAGGAACCGUGGCAGAAUAUGGCAUGCUGGCGAGGGACGACAUCGAGGAGGGGGAGGUUUUGUUUACAAUCCCCAGAUCUGCUCUUCUUCAUCAGGGGACGACAAAGGUCUCUGUCCUGCUAGAGAAAGAGAGGUCAUCUCUGGAUGGCUCAUCUGGCUGGGUUCCUCUUUUACUGGCUCUGUUUUACGAGUAUACAUCCCCACAGUCCCACUGGAAACCCUACCUCUCUCUGUGGACCAACUUCAAGACACUGGACCAUCCCAUGUUCUGGUCUAAAGAGGAGAGGGACAGGCUGUUAAGAGGGACAGGUAUCCCCGAGGCUGUGGACACAGACCUGGCUAACAUCCAGAAGGAAUACACUGACGUCGUCCUGCCUUUCAUCAAAAAGCAUCCUGACCUUUGGGACCCGAACACACACACAAUGGAGCUGUACACACUCCUGGUGGCUUUUGUCAUGGCUUACAGUUUCCAAGAGCCACAAGAGGAAGAUGAUGAGGAGGAGGAGGAGGAGGAUGAGGAGGAGGACGAGAAGGCUCCCAACCCACCUAUGAUGGUUCCCAUGGCAGACAUGCUCAACCACGUGUCCAAUCACAAUGCUAAUCUAGAGUUUACACCGGACAGUCUAAAGAUGGUCUGCGUGCGCCCCAUUCAUAAAGGAGAGGAGGUGUUUAACACCUACGGACAGAUGGCCAACUGGCAGCUGCUUCAUAUGUACGGUUUCACAGAGUCGUAUCAUAGCAACAGCAACGACACGGCCGACAUCCCCAUCACCAACUUCUACAAAGUGGUCACACAAGAUAUUCAGUCUGACAUGGAGCGACAGCUUGUGGAGGAGAAGUGGGAGAUGCUGUGUCAGAUAAUGCAAGAAAAAGCAACCUUUGUCUUUGGCAAACAGGGCUGCCUUACAGACACGGAGCUGCACACUGCACUCAAGGUCCUGUGCAUGUCAAAGGAGGAGUUCUCAGAGUUCAAAGACGAUGAAGGAUGGGAGGAGGAUGAAGAGGACGACGAGAAGAUUUCCCUCGCUUUCUGUAACGACGGCGUCCCUGGAUUAAAGACGUCAUGGAGACGGUUGAUUCAUGAGGCAGCCCGUCUCACAGUGAGGUCCUACAGUAAAGAGGGGGAGGCUGUGGACAGUGACCAGACGCUGAUAGAGAACCAGGCAAGGCUGAGCAGCAGGCAGCAGAGAGCACUGCAGGUACGCUGGGGACAGAAGAGCAUCCUGUACAGACUGAUGGAACUCACCAAGUCAUGAGUUGAAUUCAGCUGGACCUCAGCAGUUGUUUUUAUUGUCUCCGGUGGGGAAAAUGUCCCAAAAUUCAGCCAGUUUUUUUCUGUUUCAAUAAAAAAAGUUUUCAUUGAUGUGCAUAAUAAAAACCAUCAGUGUUUGUAUAACGUGUUUUGCUUUCAUCUGUGCACAAAACAUCAAAUAAUAACAUGCUGUAACAAGCUUUGUGCAGAAAGAUGAAUCUGCAUUCUUCAAUCCACAACAGCUGCACGUUAAAUGGCAGUUCCAUCAUUAUUGUAAUGAGCAUUCUCAUUCACAAAAAAACUCCGACUUAUCACAAAAGGAAAAAUAAGUAUUUUACCUAUUAAACGGACUCCUGGGUAUAAUGGUCAUGCUUUCACACCAUGUUGAUGCAGCCAGAUGAAACCCUCAGAUUAAAUUUUGCCUAUUAGGUUGAGUUUGUUGGAAACACAGGUAUUGUGUAAAACAUGACCAGUAGAUGGACAUAAGAGUAGUUACUAUAUGCACUCUUCAGUUUUUGUUUGUCCCCAUUUAUAUUCUAAUUGCAAUAUUAAAAAUGUUUUUGCACAA